CUAACUACAGGCUGGCGGCGGUAUUGACUUAUUGACUUUUCUUCAGCGAAGUCGUCUUCUCUAUGCAGUAAAGCGUUAAGAUAUAAGCUGAGUUUAAGCAUUCAAGUAGAUAGAAAUAUUGUCUCACGGAAUUUGGGCGAGCAGGAGGUUUAGAGGAGAAACUUUUUCGAUAAAGGCGUGGUAUAUUAGAGCUUGUGCGCACCAAGGCCCCUAAGUCAUAAAAGCUUUCCUGAGGAGAUGGCUCAACAAGACAAUCCUACUUGUGGCAGCCACGAAGACAAAGGAGUUCUUAUUGGUCAAGCAAAUGGUGGAGACCGAACACAAUACAAUGAAGCAUGGCUUAUAAAAGUAGAUAGUACGCUCAAGGUUCCAGAAAAAAUGUGGAGGGUGUCAAAAAACGUGUGCAUUUAUAGGGUGCCUCAAGCUAUAAUAUUUUCUAAACCAGAAGAUUAUAAGCCUUCUGUCGUAUCUCUGGGGCCUUAUCAUCACAAUAUUAAUCCUCAGUUCUCUAAGAUGGACCAACAUAAAUUACAAGCGGUCCAUAGAGUGUCAACUAGGCUUAAAAUAGAUGUGCCCACAUUGAUUGCAGAGUUUGAGAAGUUAGAAUUGGAAAUCAGAGAAUGCUAUGAAGAGCCAAUAGAAUUGAAUGGAAAAUCAUUAUCACGGAUGUUAGCAAUGGAUGCUUGUUUUAUACUUGAAUUCUGUAGAAAUUCUGCAGUAUCAAGAUCAGAGAGUAAUUCAGAUUUCUUUAGCCUUAUCUUUCAAAGAGAUGAUUUAAAGAACUCCAUGUUUUAUGCUAUACUAGAUGACCUUAUAAAGCUGGAAAAUCAAAUUCCUCUAUUUGUUAUCUUAAAAUUAUUGGAGUUAGAAGAAGGUGGAACGCGCGAAUAUGCAGCAACAGAAUUAGCUACAAUGCUGAGUAAACGUAGCUUGUUUCGCGGAAACCCCUUUUUCAAAUUUUCACACCAGCAUGCUUUACCAAAACUGAAGGAGCAUAUGAUGGGUGAACGGCCUGCAUACCAUUUGUUGGAUUUGUGCAGAAAGAUGGUCAAAGAUACAUUAACGAAUUCUACUGGGAAACCGGCUACUUGCGUGGAAAAUGAUGGCUAUCGUGGCGCUAAUAAUAUCAGCAAUGAUAAUGGGUGGUCAAUGAAUGCGGUACUACCUGGUUGGGUGCAACGAGUCAGUUGCAUCGAUAUACUUCCUCGAGUUUCCCCACUACUUUCUCCUGAUGAUAGGCGGGCAACCCCUAGUGCCGAAUUGUUAUACGGCGCUGGUAUUAGAUUUCAACCAGGCAAAAUUAAAUUUGAAAAAAGAAGGUUCGGAAGCAGAACGCUUGAUCUCCCUUCAGUCACAAUCACGGACAACACAGAAUCAAGGUUGCGAAACUUGAUGGCUUAUGAAGAGUGUCAAAGAUGCUCCUGGUAUCCAGAGCCCACCGUAGUUUCACAUUUUGUAAUAUUGUUUGAUUAUUUAGUCGAUUCGGAGAAAGAUGUUGCUUUACUUCGAAAAUCUCGGGUCAUUCGGAGGAUGGUUGGCUGUGAUGAAAACAUAGCUCGCAUGUUCAACCGAAUUAGGGUUGGAAUCACAUUCAGUGGAAUUGGUCAAAUUGAAGAGGUGAUGGUAAAGGCGAGAAAUCAUUAUAAGAGCCAAUGGAAAGUGUGGAUGAGCCAGUUUAAGGAAGAACAUUUUUCAAAGCCGUGGUAUAUCCUCUCGCUUGUGGCGGCGAUACUUAUUCUGGGUAUGACGGCUAUACAAACUGUCUAUUCAGUAGACUAGAAUAUUUUAAUCCCUCUAUCUUGUUUGUUAUUAGCGUGUCCAAUAACUGCAAUCAUUACUUAAUAGUUAGUUAGCUCUUCUACCAUGAGUACUAAAAUGACAGUUUCGUUCCAGUUCUCAUUAAUCUCUACUUUUUAAUUAUUUGGAUAAUGUUUUUAUAUUAGCUUUCUUAUGAAGCUACUUU